CUUAAAGUGAAUUAUGAAUCAACUGUUGAUUGGAAAUUGGCCACCGACUACCUACGGUGUAAUCCAAGCUUCCAUGGGCACGAAAGGUAUGACUGCGCACUGAUUCGUACACUCGACAAGGACAGGAACAACAAGAACAUAUUUGUUCGGAUACUGUUCAUCUUCAAGUACACGGUUGGCAACAAAUCCUUGGAUCUUGCCCUCGUGCUCCCCAUGGAUACUCCGCUUGGUGCAUGUCGCACAGUUGAUCGUGAUCUACGAUUGACUCGGCUGCACGCUCGACCGUCAGCAUCUUCUGAAUUUGUCUCCCUUCAUUCAAUCAUUCAUGGUGCCUUGCUUGUUCCUGAUUUCAAUAAUGAUGGAGACUUCUUUCUUGUUGAUUUUGUCGAUCCUGAUAUGUUUCUUCGUUCUCAGAGAAAAUUUCUAUUUUGA